GAAGAAGAAGUACUUCCGCUGCGAGGCAGUUUUUUUUUAAUGUUAGUUAAUGGCGGACGGUUACAACGUUGUCUGUCAACAUCUUCACGGUUUUAACUGUUCGGUCAUGUUCCGUGGUGUAUGGACAUUUACGGUUUAAGACGAGGCGAAAACGACGUAAAAGUUGAGAAUGCAGGGCGAGGAUGGUGAAAAAGAGUGCGCGUGUGAAGUGACUGAGCUCCGUCUUAAAGUGGAAUCGUUGAAAGAGGAGCUAGAGGAGUGCAAAACGGAACUGGCCAAGUUGCAGAAGCAGUUGACCCACUCUGAGCGAUUACAGAGGAGCACAGAAAGCUACAAUGAAGAUUUGAGGAAACAGGUUGACCAACUGAGCACAGAGAUUCAUGAGUGGAAGAAAAAAAAUAAAGACAAAGUUCACAUUGAAACUCAGACAGAAGAAUAUGUUUGGACUGAAACAGACUAUUACAACUAUUACUAUGCUGACUACUAUCAGAAUACUGAGGCUGUGGACUCUCAGGAAAGUCAGGAGGUCACUCCAGCGGUUGACACAGCUGGUGGAGGUGAAGCAGCAGAGGUUCCAACAGCAGAACACGCAGCAGCUGUUGACGUGUCGAGUCAACCUGACAGCAGCGUGGUAGUCACAGCAGAGGAGGGUGACGCAGGGUCCAUUGCUGACAUGUUGAGGGCCACCGCUGAGCAAGCAAUGACAGAGACUGGGUUUGUCUUUGACGAGACAACUGGGAUGUACUAUGACCACAGCACCAGCUUCUACUAUGAUUCGGUCAGCCAGCUGUACUACGAUGCAAACACAGGCAUUUACUACUACUAUGAUGCAGAAAGUGGACGCUACCAGUUUCAUUCCAAAGUUGAGGUUCCUGCUGUGCAAACUGGUGGUCAAGAAGAUAGCGCAACCGAAAAGAAAGGCCGGUGGUUCAAGAGGGGCCUCAAGAAAACGUCACUACACAGCGAUAAGGAGUUCCAAUUUGAUGAGGUCAGAAUGGAAGAAGAUGAACAGCAAGCAACCAAGCGUAAAACUAGACAAAGAUCUCGCAGUCCUGAGCUGUCUCCGCGAGAAAAAGACUACAAACGCCAGGGGGACAGGGACAAAUCUUCCUCAAAAAGAAAAAAGCAUAAAAGUUCAAGCCACGAUGAGAAGAGAAGAUCAAAGAAGAAAAAGAAGAGAUCCAAGUCCGCGUCGCGGAAGAAGGAACGGAGUUCGCCGACUCAGAGCGAUGGUAACAGUGAGCCAGAAGAGGGGGAGCUCACAGAGUCUGAGAAGGAGCCGUGGGAGUCUCCUGCCUCCAAGUCUCCUUCUCCCAGCUCCCCUCGCAAACAGAGUCCACAGCCUGAGAUAGAGACUCAGUGUCGGGCAGAACUCUGGCCACCCUGUGUGAGAGUCACCGUGGUUCGGUCUCCAGUGCUGCAGGUUGGCACAUUAUUCAUCAUCACAGCCGACGCUACAGCCACCAUCGGCAGAGAGAAAGACAUGGAUCAUGCAAUCCGGAUAGCAGAAAUGGGAGUUAGCAAGUUCCAUGCUGAGGUUUACUUUGACCAGCAACAGCAGAGCUACAUGCUCGUGGAUCAGGGCAGUCAGAAUGGAACAGUCAUCAACGGCAACAGAAUCUUACAGCCCAAAACUAAGUGUGAGCCGCACCCACUGAUGCAUGGUGAUGAGGUAAAGAUGGGAGAGACUGUGCUGUCCUUCCAUAUCCACGCAGGGACAGACACCUGUGAUGGCUGCGAGCCUGGCCAGGUGAUGGCUCACCUCAGCAAGCACAAGAGAGAAGAGGUGCCAGGGCCCACUCUCAGCAAAGAUGAUAAAGAAGCGCUGAGACAGAAGGAGCUCAAGCAGAUGAAGGCCAAAUAUGGCCUCCAGAGUAACGAGUUUGAAGAAGCCAAAGCCCUGAGAAACCCAAAGUACAAGGACCGAGCCGAGUCUCGACGUCAGACUGUGGGCAGCGAGGGCGUUUUCCAACAAGAUGACGCUCCUGCUUCUGUUCAUGUGGAGAUCAGCGAAGUCAAUAAAGGAAGGAAGAUGCUGGAAAAGAUGGGCUGGAAGAAAGGAGAGGGAUUAGGAAAAGGGGGAACCGGAAUGAAAGACCCGAUUCAGCUUAAAAUCAGGAAGGCCCAGUCAGGACUGGGGGCCUGUGCCACAGUGUCGCUGGAUGACGCCUCUCUGACCAGAUCAAAAUCCCAGAAGAAUUGGGAGAAAGCGCGUGAGAGAUUUGCAGACAAGUGCCAGGCUGACAUGCCGCCAUCCACAACACAGACGAGCACGUCCCCCAAAACCUGGAUCAAAGCAGAGACUGGGGCCGUGGACCCUCAAACUGGUAUACAUCCAGAUGCCCAGAGUUGAACUGUGUGUGCAGGUUUCUAAAACGGUAUCUGACCUCAGCUAUUAUGGACAACUCUGCUUUGUGAAGAGAAGUCACAAUGUGCUCUCAUGGUUCUGAGGGUCCAUCCAGCAGCAGUGCACCACUGCCACUGUGGCAGCCACGGAUCGCCCUAAGCAAAUAUUGACACACUCAAGCUCUAUUUCUCACAGUGAGGUCAUACUGUGGAGAGACAACUUGUAGGCGUGCUCAGACGUGCACUGCAACAUGUGAUUGUAACACAUGACUGUAACUGUAACAAUGUGCAAAAUGUUUUUAUUUUUCCUGCUGCACAUAAAACUUCUGAGAAGCUCA